UAGAUACUGCCAUUACAAUUUAAAUCAAUUUCUGAUAUGUAAUUAUGAUGCAUUACCAAAAAACAUAGCAAUAAGUCAAGUCUUGCACGUUUAAAUUAGUACUUACACGUGGAGAAAACACUGGGUCUCAUUGCUUAAUAAAUAGUUUUAAUUUUUAUGCCGUGGAUAGAUUGGUGGGGGAGGGGCACACAUGGGUGGGCUUGAUACACGUUAAGUGACAUGACUGGCGGUCGGAGUCAUCUGUAAUGCACCUUUACCACAUUUCCUGGAUGUACUGAUGAUACAGAACAAGCGCUCUUUGACAUGACAGCUGAAGGAGCAGACGGGCACAGCGUGCAGGUCAAGUGGCAGAGUGGACUCAAACAGGUAUGUGAUGGCUUCCCUUAGAGGAUGCAGUGGAACAUGUUGUGAAAGCACUGGACAAGACUGCAGAACUGGAAGUAAAAUACAUCAACUCCAAUAAAGGUCGAGGGGUGUUUGCCAAAUCCCAUUUCUCAAAAGGAGACUUUGUGGUGGAGUACAGAGGGACGUUGAUAAAUUUGGAAGAGUCAAUAAAGAGGAAGAGGACCUAUCACAGCUCAUGUGCUGUUUUCAUGUUUGACUUCUACUGGAAAGAAAAGACAUGGUGCAUUGAUGCAGCCCAAGAAGAUGGCAGCCUUGGACGCCUUGUCAAUGAUGACCACAGGCACCCAAACUGCAAAAUGAAGAGGGUCAUUACGGAGGCCAAAUCAUACCUCUGCCUAUUUGCUUUGAGGGACAUACAGCCAGGAGAAGAAAUUACAUAUGACUAUGGUGGAAAUGAUUGGCCAUGGAGGAAACAGACAGAAGAACAGCCUUGUGUGGCCGAGUCCUCUCACUCUCAGGUCUCCACACCAGCAGAGAAGGUUGCUGAGACACCUCCAUCCACCAUCACACAGAACAAGGAUGAAUCAGGACCGAUUCUUUCAUCAAACAAAGCUGGAGUCGAUCGUCACCUUGUAAGCUACACGGAUUCUGAUGAGUCUCUGUGUCCAUGCACCAGUUCCUCCCAGCUAAAUGAAAGAUACUCACAGUUGAUUUCCUGUGAGUCGUUGAGGUCUGAGGUGUUGAUCACUGUGGUGUUGGAGGUCAGGGGGCUAGGGGUGGAUGCUGGUGGAGGGUCUGGACAAACCUUCUCUUGUUUUUCUGCUCAAGGUUACUUGAUUUACAUAGCAGAACAGGACUGUUUUUUUGUUUGUUUUUUUGAGACAGUAUCACUUAAAUGAUUGAUAUUAAUGAAUCAUAUUGUAAUGUUCACAUUCAAAAAAUCUGCUUGGAUUUGCAAAAAAUUGUUUUGAUACAAUUUAUUUUUCUUAUGUGAUAGCAGGGCUGUCAAGCUAUUAAAAAAUAGCCCUUGACCCAUGUCUGUCUGUUACUUAAGAUGACUUGUAGUAAUAAAAUCUUAAACAUUGCAUCA